GUUCACAGAUAAGAAGUCAAGUUCGUUUCUAUGACGAUUGCCAUUUCUGCAACUCCAUGCAAGAUUUGGAUAUUUUCUUGUUGCAGGUCUGAGCUAUGUUUCUGGAUCCUGAAAUCUUUAUAAACAUGAUGAUUGAGAGUUUUGGCCUUCGACACUGGUUUAAGUUUGGUGCACCAGCUGUAUCCAGUCCCCCUAGUUUUGAUGUGGACUCAGAAGUAUCAAUGGUUGAAGGAAUGUUAAUGCUACUCGUCACACUCCUCAGCAAUCGACUACAUUUAGGGCUAACCGAUCAGGAAAUCUUGCGGAAAGAGAUGGUUGCACAGCUUUGUAUGGGAGAUAAGACUCACAGCCAACUUGUUGAUCUAAUCCCAGAUAAACCAGGACAAUCUCACAACACACAAGAUUUUGAGAAGAUACUCAGUGAGUUGGCAGACUACAAGGCUCCUGGAUUUGAAAGUGGAGCAAUGCAACAAGGGAUCUAUGUACCCAAAGAGUCAGUUUGGAAGAAUGACUUUGAUAUUGUUCACGUGUUGCUAAGAGCAGUCCAUCGUCAACAUGUGCAGUCAGCUAUGCGGCGGUAUCAAGCUAUUGUUUGUAAGAAUGACCAGUCGCAGAAAGGAGCCCUUUGGUUUCCAUUUCAGCCUCUAAAACCGCUAAGUGAAAAAUUUCGUGGGUUGACGAAGACUCUACGGUCCAAGACUUUGCAUGGAGUCCUGUUCUUUAUAUUUCACAAGGCCGUAAAAGAUAUUAAUUCCUUGGGAGACGCUCUGUAUUUUGCAGUUUACUUGACCAAACUGGCCGUAAUGGAAAACCCUAAGUCGCACUCAGAUCUGAGCUUUCUGCCCCACUCAAGUGGAGAUGUUAAAUCCAGGGAUAUCGGAUGCAUAAUUGUGGAUCGCUGCAUCGACUUCCUUGACACAUAUGGGAGGGAGGUGAAAGAUCUACACCAGAUUAGUCCUCACCAUUGUAUGAAUAAAGAACUUUUACUCAGAUUACAACAAGACCCUUACGCUCCUCUCCGUCCAGGGACAGAUUCUCCGCAUCACGUUUGUGCUGUAAUGGCUGAUGUGCUGCAUAGUCAUCACCUUAUGAAGCCUCCUUUGUUUGAACCCUUCCUUCCAUUCAUGAAUGGCGUGCUCAAUAGCGCCCUUCAAAACCAAAGUAGUACCUUAGAGAAAAUAGCCCAGCUGCAACACAUUCAGUUUUUGAUAGACCAACAGCCACCUCAAAGACGGGAUCUCAUUACAAAACUAACCAGGCACCUUGUCAGUGUAUCGGAAAGGCUCAACAUACCAUCCAAAAACCUGGCUCUUGCAAGUGACGAAAACCAGCCCUUAGAGCUUUCCAUGUUGCUGAUGUAUCUCAACAAAUACCACCAGUGGCUUUUCAGGACUCACCACACUCUAGCUGGAUGGCCAAAGACUAUCGCUGAUUUGGGUUUUACUUCCAAUAGCAUGGUGGUAAACAUUCGUCACGUGGUUCAACCAGUGCAAGAACCAAUGGAUACAUGCGAUGAUACCGCGGACAUUGAGAAUAGGUAUACCAGCCCACCUGCGCCACAGCCGACCAAGGGUGGCGUGCAAGAUUCACUUGAGCUGUUAUCGAUCGGCUCAGAAGAGAGAGGCGGCUUGACGAUUGUGAAUACAGCGUCAUUUAAAGGGCUAGUGCAACAGUUCAUGGAUGUAACCAAUUCAAGUGAAGUUACUGCAAUAAAUCUGCUGAAAGCCUGCAGAGGUAACCUAGAGAUGGCCAUGGAACUACAUUUCAGCAAGCAAGAAGCCAUGCCGGAUUUGGAGGAGGCAGUUGGUGAUGUUGCUAUGGAGACGAGUUCUUGUGCGAUGACGUCUUCUGAUGCAACCGUGGGGACUCCAGGCAAGUCGGAGGACUCAAGUUCGUGUUCGGCAGAGGGAAUUAACGAAAGUAUUUUAAGCCUGUUGCUGAAGCUGUUAUCAGCCAAGGCUAACACCAGUUCUACAUCACCAGGAAGGAGUCCUGCGUAUGUUGACGAUGUGCACUACUUGUCAGACUUGUUAGACGUGAUUGGUAGGUCCAGUCCCGAGAAUGCUGCAGCACUGCGCAAGGUCCAACCACAAGCUUUACAAGUGAGCCCCAGUCCCUCCUCCCCUGACAGUGAUAUGGAUGAUUCUGUAGCCAGGACCAUGCGCAAACGACAGCUCGCCAGAGAACGCCAGCAGAAGCUUUUAGCAGAGUUUGCUUCCAAGCAGAAACUUUUUAUGGAGAAAACCCUGAAUAAAGACCCAGUUGCCCUAGACGCUGCAGAUGGCAUGCCCAAAGAGAAAAGGGAAGAAGUUUUUGAUUGCGUUAUCUGUGGACAAGCUUCCAUAUCCACCGAGGACAAGCCUAUCGGCAUGGUAACCCUGCUGCAACCCAGUGCAGUGCUAAAACACAGAGCUCAUCAUGUAAGACACACCCAGCUGCCGCUGAACCGCGAGGAAGAGGAAAGUCGAGUCAUAAAUUGUGAGACAACCUUCAGGAACCGAUUUGAAGAUCUGAGGAGAUGCUUUGAUUUGAUACCAAGCCUGGAUGCAUCUGCAACUGGGACAGAAGGAGGAGUGCAUAUUCAGUCUUGCGGCCAUCUCCUUCAUGUUGACUGUCACCAAUCGUAUCUUAAAUCUCUUCAGGAAGAGGAUGCCAACCAACUUUACCAGGUGCAGCCGUUCAACCCAAGGAAUGGGGAAUUCACUUGUCCUUUGUGUCGACAGCUUGGCAACUGUGUGCUUCCCGUUGUACCCUCGCACCUUAUCCCGAAUGGAAACAUGGCAUCCAAGAAAAAUACCAUGAAGAGUCAUACAGAACGGACAAGCGACUUACAUACAGUCCUGAGAAAAUACAAGCUUCAUACUAUUACCAAACUAACAGCCAGUGCACUAAACUUCAAUGUACUCGGUGCAGCCAUUAAGGCAGUUGUAGAAUCAGUGUCUGCAAUGGACGGAGAAAGUCAUAGGUGCUCAUUUGAGAGAAAAUUCAGCCUGUUGUACAGAAUGGCCAGGACAAAUUUAGAAUUAGAGCAAGUGGAUAAAGUCGCAAGGAAACUUUCAAGUCCAAGGAAAUCAUGUUUUGGUCCUCUCAUGCGUGCUUUUCAGUUUCAUUCUCAAACACUUGUUGGUCCUUUGUUGUCUGUGUGGUCAGAGCUGACUGGUACUGAAGACCUCAAAGAGUCGUCUUCCAGUGGGACAAUCAGUUUCCAAGAUUGUCCUCUUCUCUUGAGAGAUGCACCCUCACUGUUGAUCCAGAUGAUGUUGUCAUGGCCGGCACCGCUUUCAUGCCGUGACUUCAUGUGCUUUGUACAGCUGUUGUUCAAUUUGGUGUUCACGCAGGCUCUAGUUGAGACUUGUUGUAAGUUUGUCGGAGAUGAAAAACUCUCGUGGCAAGACUUAGGAAAGAAAGCAGCGUCACAGGAAAUUGUUCAGGGCCAAUUAUCUGCUGAUCUUUUAUUGGGGUAUGUUUGCCGCAUGCUCAGUAACAGUACCUUGAUUAAGGAGGAUCAUCACACCGGAGGGAUUUCACAGUCAGUGUGGUCCCCACAUACUGUGGAGCGUUCUCUACAAGAUUCGUGUUUGGGGUUCUUGCGGUCGGCGAGUGCUAUGGCGGCCCUCUGCUACGGUGUGGAGAUACCAAAAGUUCAGGACAAUGAUGCUGAAUUUCGUGUGUUGGCCUCGACCCUGGGUUUAUGUGAUCCCUUCAGCGAUAGUCGCACCGAGUCCUUCUCGUGUAUAAAUUGCCUAAAGUGGCCUUAUUCCAAGCCUCGGAAAAUGAUCCGACGAUGGUGUGAUGCUCUACUGCUGUGUUUCACACAGCGAAAGGCCAAGCUGAAUCGGGAACUUCUUCCCAAUAUGAGUCAGUGGCCGCCACCUAGACUACUUCAACUUCCUGAGCGAUAUGACAGUUUGAUCCAACAUUACCGGAAGCGGAAAUGCACCAAGUGUGGCAGCACUCCAGAUGAUCCUGCAGUAUGUUUGGUGUGCGGUAAAUUCACUUGUCUCCAAGGAAGCUGUUGUGUUGACGGGACAGGCACAACUGACAAGUAUGAAUGCAUACAGCACGCCUUGAAUUGUGGGAGAGGAACGGGGAUCUUCCUGAUCGUGCUCUCUUCAGUGAUUAUUAUUAUCAGAGCCGACCGGGUUUGUAUCUGGGGCUCAGUCUACCUCGAUAGCUUUGGCGAGGAGGACCGGGAUCUAAGGCGAGGGAAGCCACUGUUUUUGAGUCAGGAUCGUUUCAACAGACUUGAAGAGCAAUGGCUCACUCACAGCUUCGAUUACAUGUGCAAGAGAUGGAAACGGCACAUGAACACUCUGUAGAUGAAUGACUUCAUUAUACGCGUCAAACCGUGGAAAUCGGAUGACUUCAGAGGCCCAGUUCAGACACAGUCUUGCGCUGGAACGCUAUUAAUUUAGGACGCAGUCUAUUAGGUUUAGACGCAGUUAAUUGCGCUAUACUGUAUUUUAUUUAGACGAAGUCUUCUAGGUCCAGGUUACAUCGCGCAUUUAUCGUCUGAAGGUUCAAUAACCGCCAUAGGCAUACAUGGAUUCGACAAAAAUUCGCGGGGAAAAGAAAAACUUUUGAGGAACGUCAAGGAUCCAAAGGAUAAAUUAAAUUAUAUAUCAAAAUUUGUUCAGCACUUAUCCAAUAAGAAAAGUGUUGGUGUCUCGAAUCUUACUGCAAGAAUUAAGAGGAAAGUGAAUUUUUCUCUGCUGUGGUGUACCUAAUGUUCAUUAUAGCGCAUUUAUUUAUUAUAUGAUAAUCAUUAUUUUUUUGUAUAGCAACAGCUAGACGGGAAGCAGUAAAGUUUUGUCCGGAAUUAGGUUUAAAAUAUGGAUUUUUCCUUACGACAUCAGUGCCUUUCCAAGAAGAAACGUGAUAAGAAAGAAUGAAAUCAACGGCGGAGGGAAUACUGUUUGUUAUAAUUCCAAAUUCUGAGAUCUUAGAUUUGAAGAAAUGUUUAGGAGACAGUGUGAACAAGCGAUUUUGGUAUCGUCAGAGUGAACGGAGCUCUGUCAGUUUGUCCGUCAUCUAAAACUUGGCGUAAAGUUGUUUGAGUUCGUCAUUAUUGUGGAAUUUGCGAUGUUCUUGCUUCCCCGAAUCGUUUUCGUUUCUUCUUAGUUCGUUUCCUCUCCUUAAGGUCUAACGUUUAUUUUUGUAGCUUAUUCUAAUGAAAUACAAUUCCCUUUGACGUAAAGAAUGUUACAAGGCUCCUACUGAAAUGAGCUUACUACAAACACAGACUCGUUGAGAUCAUAUUUUGAGUUCAUGUGUAUGGAUUUUGUAAUCACUGAGAAACAUAGAAUUGUCUUUAGAAGAUAAUAAAAAAAACCUUUAU